AUGGACACUGCACAAGCCGCCACAGAAGCGCCUGUGGUCACUUUCAAGAAGCGAAAUGUCAAAGCGAAGUCGACCAUAAGAAAAAGAGUUGCCACACCUCCCUCCGACUCAGAUUCUGGAUUCACCUCUUCCGAAGACGACGAAGGAAGGCCUAUCAAGCGCCGGCGCAAAACUGCUGGAGUAACAGCAUCUUCAGCAGAAAAUCCUACGAUUCGAGUGGCGCCUACCGAAGAUCCAUCAAGUGCAGUAGUUGUGCCUACUACCAAUAAAGAUGAUGCGACAAAGAGAUCAGACUGGUAUGAUGAAGAGAGGUCGAAGGGUGGAAAGUCCGCCACACAGACGCAAGAUGACACUGUCCUUGAUGGCACGUACAAGGGCACGGCGAACUACCAAUCGUUCAUUCAAAAGAACCCAGAUCGUCUGGGCAAGCAAGUCGGACCUCUAAAGCAAUCAAGCAAUGUCAGAACGAUCACUGUCACAGAUUUUGCCCCUGAUGUGUGUAAAGAUUACAAGCAGACCGGCUUCUGUGGCUUUGGCGAUAGUUGCAAAUUCUUGCAUGCAAGAGAAGACUAUAAACAGGGUUGGCAGUUGGAUCGAGACUGGGAAAUCGACACCAAGGGGAAGAAGUUGACUGGCAAGACCGUUGCAUCUGCAAACCGCGGCCAAAAUACCCAAGAUGACGACGAUGACGAAGCAUUGCUGGAAAGCAUUCCGUUUGCCUGCAUCAUCUGCAAGAAGCCUUACACAAACCCUAUCAUAACAAAGUGUGGGCAUUAUUUCUGCGAAGCAUGUGCCCUGAAAAGAUAUCGAAAAGACCCUUCUUGUGCUGCAUGCGGUACUGGAACUGGUGGGGUGUUCAACGUUGCAAAAAAGCUGAAUAGGCUCCUGGAUAAGAAGCGGGAGCGAGAACUGCUGAAAAAAGAGAGAGCAGGUGAAGAGGCGGGAGAAUAG